UGGUUGAACUGAUUUGUGGGUUAUAAAGCCUUUUUGAAUGACCCCCCUUUCUCGAGCCAUUUUUCUUCAAAGUAAUGACCUGGGCACAAUUCAAAAUGAGCGAACACACUAUGCAUGCAUUACUAUAGAACUUUAGAGUGGGAGAGACCCAGAGAAGGGGUGAACCGGAGGUCAGCGCGUCUAACAAAUAUUAAAAUGUACUGGGACUCGUGACACGCCUCGCUGUUUAACAAAGACUGCCAAAGUGCGAGAUUAAUAUGAAAACUUGAGAGUCCACAACAAAAUGCCUUAUAUCGCCCAAUGGUAUUGUAGAGCUCACAGCGGCUUGAGGCUAACGUGCAUUUUAUUUUUAGUUGUUUUAGGACAGAGAUGGCUGCGUUGUGUGGGGAAAGCCCCUUCUUGUUGCCAGCAAGAUAAAGCCUCAAAACGGAAAAUAUUACGGCACGAUGACUCCUGUUGUCGAAAUUGGUGGCUUGGUGUUUUUUUCUUAUUUUUGCUUUUCUGAGCUCUUGAGUCGGUUGAGGAUUUUCUUGGAUGUUCUAAUUUCUGCCUGUCUGUUAUCGUCGCGUGAUGUUAAAGAUGAGCUCGAGGGGACCCACGGAAAUGAGAGGGAGUUGAGCACACAAAGGUAUCACGGCGAGGUCACGGGCUAAACCUGUGGCUUUGGAGAAAGGAGUGAGGGGGGGUUUAGACGGAGGGACUCGCAUAGGAACGGUUGAAACGGAAAGAAAGGGUUUGGAGCGGCGACAAUCCCCUGCAAAGAGCGCGUACCGCAAAGGAGAGGAGAUACGGGCGAGAGACUACACAAAUGCGAGGUGCGACGCUCAGAGUAAAAAAACACAACUGCUCGGACCUUCUGCUAGGAGGGGAGUGAAAUCUUGAAGGGCACUUGAAGACACCCCCCCCCCCCCCCCCCCCCCUUCUCUACCAUCUUCUAUUCACCAAGUCAUGCCACAAGAAAACUUUUUUGGCGAGGGAUGUCCCAUGAAGAAUCUCUUGAAAAUGUUAGCGCGAGUGAGAAUCUUCGCAGGACGAGAGAUGGCAGCGUUCAAGUUCCUUCUCGUUAUCAAGAAGUUGUAUCCUUGCAUAAAAUCUAGAAGUGAUAAAGGACAAUAUCUCGGUCAGCUUCCAAGAGGCCAUUGGAAAGAGACCGUCACGUGACAUCUAGUGCCAAUGUUCUUCCAGAAGGUCGUCAGGACCCUGGUAGCCGGUAACUCGAUUUUUGGAAAUGCAGAAAACGACCUACUACGACAACUCGACACUUUUCGGAGGAUACUCGUACCAGGGGGCAAACGGUUUUGGCUAUGAUGCCCCGGCACCAGCCUUCCAGAACUCAGCGCAUCUUGAGGGUGACUACCAAAGGUCUGCAUGCUCCCUACAGUCGCUCGGCACCAGCGCACCCCCACAGCCUCAGCAUGCCAAGACGAAAGAGCUUAAUGGGAGCUGCAUGCGGCCCAGUCUGCCACCUGAACACCACCCACCCCCCCAGGUUUCCCCUCCUCAGAACGCUGUAAACGUUGCUGCCUCAAAUGCCACCCAGCAGCCAGGCAGUAGCGGUGGUGGCGGGGCUGGCGGCGGGGGCACAGCCAAAUCGUCAUCCAAGUCGUCUUCUCUGGCCCCAAACCCAACUCUCACGAAGCAAAUCUUUCCUUGGAUGAAGGAGUCACGUCAGAACACCAAGCAAAAAAACAGCUCCCCUAGUGCAAGCUCAGCUAACGCGGAGAGCAGCGGUGGUGAGAAAAGCCCUCCGGGUUCUGCAGCUUCCAAGAGAGCACGCACCGCUUACACCAGCGCUCAGCUGGUGGAGCUCGAGAAGGAGUUUCACUUCAACCGAUACCUGUGCCGGCCGAGGCGCGUGGAGAUGGCCAAUCUGCUCAACCUUAGCGAGCGGCAGAUCAAGAUUUGGUUCCAGAACAGGCGGAUGAAGUACAAGAAAGAUCAAAAGUUGAAAGGCAUCGGCUCGUCCUCAGGGGGGCCGUCCCCCACAGGAAGCCCACCUCUUCCAAUGCAGUCCUCAGCUGGUUUCAUGAACUCUAUGCACUCAAUGGGCAGUUAUGACGCUCCCUCCCCACCAUCUUUUAACAAGCCCCAUCAAAAUGCAUAUGCCAUGUCAACAGCCUAUCAGAACCCAAUGAAAGGUUGCCCACCCCAACAGAAGUAUGGAAACACUGCACCGGAUUAUGACCCACACGGGCUACAGGGUAACAGUGGCACCUAUGGGACACCAAACAUGCAGGGUAGCCCCGUGUAUGUGGGAGGUAGCUAUGUUGAUGCCAUGCCUGCCACUGGGCCUUCUAUGUAUGGCCUCAAUCACCUACCACACCACCAGUCGGCAAGCAUGGACUACAACGGUGCCACACAGAUGUCGACGAACCAGCACCAUGGACCGUGUGACCCACAUCCGACAUACACGGAUCUGUCUGCGCACCAUCCUUCUCAGGGUAGAAUCCAAGAAGCCCCCAAGUUGACUCAUCUGUAGCAGGUUUGGACAAAUAAUAAUAAAUAAAAAAAAAUGAAAGGAAGACAAAACGAAACAGACUAACCCAUGGGGCGAUGCAAUGGGGUUGAAAAAGAUGAUCCAGUGGUUUCUUGCCAUGACUAGAACACCGGUUAAUGUCAAUGUUGUCCUUUCAUUCAUACGUGAACAUACCUGAAUUUAGUAUCCAUAGGUCUAAAUACCCCUUUAAAAUGAUACACUGUAAAGUGUAAAAGUGAAAAGUGGCUAGUUUAUGCCAAGGAAUAGACUGUCUAGCUGUAUGACCUCAUUACAUUAUCUUAAAUGUUUGUGUACUUCUUCAGCAUUGUCACUGCAUUCCUCACACUUUGGAGAGUGGUACGGUAUACCCUACAUUUAAACUUACUGGUGCAAGAAAACCACUGGAUUGUUUUCGUCCACUACCCUUAUUUCACAUACCUCUUUUUUAAAAACGUCACACAAAUGUCAAUUUUUUAUUAACUUGUUCCCAAAACUGCAGCAGAGUGGCACCUUGUCUUUAGCAAGACGGUGAUAAAGAUAUUCAUCUCUUUUAAGUCCGUUAUACACUAUGCUACCUAUCACUAUUAAUGAGAAAUAAAUAUAAUUUUGUUAUGGCUUUGACACAGGGUAAAAAAGAAGAGUUGAGAAUACUAGUAAAUUAAAGCUCAUUCCCUCAACUCGCUGUCCCCUCCCUCUCCCUCAUACUCCCUUCCCCAGUUCUCUAUCUUUCCCAAUCUUUGGGUUGACCUACAUUAGUCCAAACUAAUAUAAAAGGCCCACAUUUUCUCAUAUCUUGACUUAACGUGGAAACAGGGUAUAUUUGAACAAAAAUGAAUGUCCGGGAAACCAAGCUACAGCGCAGACGUCUCUGUUUACGCCUAAUGCGCUCUGGUCUGGGCAUCAUUGUUGCACUUAGAGUUUACAUUUAAUGGGUGAGGAAGAAAAGUAAAUCUUAUUUUGAAUCGGAAGACCUUCAAUCAGCGUCUUUCGCUAAGUGUGUUCAAGUGAACAUUCAUAAAUAUAUAUUUAUUUGUUAUAGCCAGUUUAAAUACUUUCUUUUUUGUAUUAUUUAUCCCCAUGUAUUUAUAUCGAUAAAAUGUACUUUUUUAGUAUCUACCUGUUAUAAAAAGACGCUGUGUUCUUGUCAUUGUAACAAAUUAAUUUUUAGUUCUUGUAUUUUAGAAAUAUGUAGGUUUAUGUUACCCUUGUAUAAAUAAUGUCUUGACUUGUACAGGGGGCGCAAGAACGGAAUCAAACCGUUCCCGCAUAGUCGAGAAUUAGACGAAAUAUAGCGAAACAUUUUGAGAACUUCAUUUGUCCUUUGUAACUACUUUUAUUUCCUUGUUAAGAGUUGGUUGUUGAACAAUUCUUUAAUAAAAUGUUAUGUUAUUCA